AUGCCACGAUUGGCAAUAGCUAAUGGAUUGAAGUUUCCAGAUAUUCCAGAUGUUUUGAAUGAAUUAACUUCAAUGGAGGAGAGAUUAGUAAGUCCUCGUCACGUAUUUUUGAAAAUAGUUCGUAGAGGCCAGGGAUUAGAAUAUCAGCAUGGUUUAUCAGGAAAUGUUAUUAAUGUACCUGUAAAAAUUAAUAACAUUGUAAAAGCUUUGCCUCGGUCGAUAAAUGAUGACAAUGUCAUCACUGUAGAGUUGAAGCGUAAAUUCUGUUAUAAACAUGGUCCAAAAGAACAAGCAGCGGAAUAUUUAGUAACGUGUGAUCUGUUUCGGACAUAUGGUAUAGAACUUGAAGGUUCAUGGACAAAUAAUGAACCUGAAGACACUGUCGAAUGUACCUGUAGUUCACCUGAGCAGGAGAGCAAUGUUGAUGAGAUUCCUGAUGUAAAUCCUGGUAGCACAGAAACUCUGUUAGAUGAAAACUAA